AUAGACGUCACCAGUAAGUGUAGACACACCGACAUAGACGUCUCCAGUAACUGUAGACACACCGACAUAUGUAGACACACCGACAUAGACGUCUCCAGUAAGUGUAGACACACCGACAUAGACGUCACCAGUAAGUGUAGACACACCGACAUAACACACCGACAUAGAUGUCACCAACACACCGACAUAGAUGUCACAAGUAAGUGUAGACACACCGACAUAGACGUCACCAGUAAGUGUAGACACACCGACAUA